AUGCUGGUCCAAUAUUUCGACAAACUUUCCCACCAAAUCAACGCCAAAAACAUUGAACGAUGCCAGGCCGCCUUGAAGACCAAGGAAGGCGUCAUCGGUAUUGCCACCGCUGUGGUUCUCAUGUCAGCUGUGGCCUAUCGCCGUCGUGCGAUCAAGGGUAAUCAUGGAUGCCCCGACGUACCUAACCCCUCGUUCUUCUUUGGACACACUACCGAAUACCGCGAAGAUCCCCAAGCCUUCAUUGAAAAGUGGGCAAAGCAGCUCGGCCCUGUUUUCCGCGCACACUUAUUUGGCAAGCCUACUACGGUUAUCUCCGGCCCUUAUGUCCGUGAGAUCUUUUUAAACAACGAUUUCAAUUUCUUCAAAGCCUUAGACAAUGUCUUUGAUGCCAGACUUUUGACUAAUACCUGUGGUGAAGAUAAACUGGCGGUGGACGAUCUCCGUGUUAUUAUCACGAAACAUUUAACCCCCAAACUCAAGUUUUACACAGAUCGUGUCGUUCAGCAGAUCUAUAAGGGUAUCAUUGACCAGACCAAUCAGUUGAAAGCCGGAGAGUCGAAUGUAUUCUAUCACGUUUACCCCUUCGUGCAACACAUUGUUGCCAGAGCCAGUGCUUCCAUCUUUUGCGGUGUCGAGCUCUGCGAAAAUGAAUUGCUGAUCGACUCCUUCAAGAAUAUGGUACUGGAAGUGGGUUCCGAACUCGUUCCUAAACCAUGGUUGGAACCCUUCCCUCGUCUCAAUCGUUGGCGCAUGUGGUUCAUUGGUAAGACCUCGCCCAAUGUGAAGAAACACCGCAAGCAGUUGAGAGAGGCCAUGCAACCUGUUGUGGAAGAGCGCUUGCGUCAAAAAGCGACGAACCCUAACUGGGUCAAGCCCAAUGAUAUCUUGCAAGAUAUCAUGGAUGAAUUCAGCUGCCCUCCCGGUAUCGAUUACACCACCUACUUGGUGGAUUGGAUUACCCAGCUCAUCUUUGCCGCUCUGCAUACCACCAGUGAAAACUGCACUGUUGCCUUGUAUCGUAUAUUGGAUACUCCCGGACUGGUUGACGAACUCUUUGAAGAGCAACAACAAGUUUUGAAGCAGGAAGGUUACUCUGAAGACGUCGGUCCCGAAGUAUUCAACCGCGAAUUAUUGAAGAACUUUGUCAAGCUUGACAGCGCCUGCCGUGAAGCUUUCAGAAUGCGCAACGACUUUAUCGGUCUGCCUCAUUUGUACACUGGCGAUAAGCAAAUCACCUUGAGCAACGGUGUGCUCGUUCAGCCUGGUGAGGAGGUCCUUAUCAACGUUUGGCAAAACCAUAAGCAAAACUUCUCCAAGAACAGCAACGAGGAUUAUUCCAAAUAUGUGCCCAUGCGUUUCCUCGGUCAAGACAAGCAGGCCACCAAGGUUUCCGAAGAGUACUUGUUCUUCGGUUUAGGUCGACACGCUUGCCCUGGUCGUUGGUUUGCUCUUCAAGAAAUCAUGACCAUCAUCUCGCUCUUGAUCAGAGAAUACAAGAUCUCUCCCGUUGGUGAGAUCACCUUCCCCAAAUUGGACGAAAGCCGCCUCCCUAUGGGACAGUUCAAGCUCGAACGCAAGGUUAAACUGUAA